CAUGCGCAGCGUGUCGCUGCCAUAGCAACCAGAGCCGAGCGUUGGACGCUGUUAGCACCGGAGCAGAUAUUAGUAGUCAAUAUGGCCAAGACUGCUACUGUGAAAGAAGCUCUAAGCAAAUGGGAAGAGAAGACCAAGGAGAAAGCAAGUGAGGCUAAAGAAAUUAAACUGUACGGUCAGAUUCCUCCUAUAGAGAAGAUGGACCCUUCUCUCGCCACGUUGAGCUGCUGCGAGAAGCUGUCCCUGUCCACCAACUGCAUUGAAAAAAUAACCAAUCUCAAUGGCCUCAAGAACUUGAAGAUACUUUCAUUAAGCAGAAAUAAUAUAAAGAAUCUCACGGGGUUGGAGGCCGUCGGAGACACUUUAGAGGAGUUGUGGAUUUCAUAUAAUUUGAUAGACAAACUGAAAGGCGUCAGCUCCAUGCAAAAACUGAAAGUCCUCUAUAUGUCCAACAACCUCGUUAAAGAUUGGGCAGAGUUUGUGAGGCUCGCUGACCUAUCCAGCUUGCUGGAACUGGUUUUUCUUGGAAAUCCACUGCAGGAGAAGCAAUCCACAGAUGGAAACUGGUUGGAUGAAGCCUCCAAAAGGCUUCCUAAUCUACGGAAACUAGAUGGGAUCCCCAUCAUUAAGGAGCCGGUGGAUGAUUGAAGUGGAACAUGCAAAAUGAGAUGCCAAAAACACUGUCUUUCUUAAGAUCUUCCCGUUUUUUUAGGUGGUGUAUUUUUUUUUUAGAAUAGUGCUCUCACCUGUCUAUAAAAAAAAUAUAUUGAACAAAGUUUUUAGCUGUAGAUCAACAAGCACAAAAUAAAUAAAUCCUGAACUGCUGACUUUUGGCCAAGAGUCAGAUGAUUUAUGAUGACUUAUGUGUAUGUCUACAUGUAGAGCAUGUCUUAAUGUGAUUUAAUGGAUUGAUUUUUUUUUUAUUUCCUAUCAGAUUGUUUUACAAAACUGAUGCUUUAUGUUUGAAAAUCAGUUUGGUGGAACAGUACUGUUUAUGCGGCCAACGCAGCAUCUAAGGUUUCUCACAUGAAACAGGAGAAUUAUUUCCUGGGUUCAAAGGUUUCUUUAGUAAAAAUAACUGAUUAAUGAAGCACAAUUGAAAUGUACUUCAUUGCAUUCUGCCAAUGGUUUGUGAGCGGCACACGGUUUCUACAGUUUCAUGAAAUAGGGGUUUAUUCACAAAGACAGUAAGAAUUGAAACAGAAAAUAAUUUCGUUUUUUAAAAACUAUUAACGGAACAGAACUGAAACAUAUUUUUGGACAAACGCGGAGCCAAAUGAGCUUUAAUACGACCAAAUUAAACAGCUUUCUUGUGUUGUAUGAAAUUUUUCCGUCUUUUAUGAGGAAGAACAUUUUUACUCUGUUGUUCUGUUUCAUGGCAAAGUUGCAGUCUUGUGGAUUAAAAGAAGGUCGAUGCAUGCAGCAUGGAUUUUACCACCACUCGGUGUACCCUGGUGUCCAUCUUGAAUUGUUCUAGUUCCUACAUGUAACCGCUGCAUGUUUAACACUUUAAAAGUUUAAUAUAUUAAUUCAUAUAUUGUUAAUAUAUUACUGUAUUGUCUCGGUUGAAGCUGAUUUUGUUCUAUUAAACAUGCUUUGUAAACCUCA